UCGACAUGUCAGCAACGUUUAUUUGAAAAUAUUCUCAAUCCCUGUCAGUCUUCAGAGAGAUCAAAGCAUUGCUGAUUAUGAUGUUGACACCGUCCGUCCCUCUCGCGCACAUCUCACAUAGCCGAAAUGUGUUAAAAACUACGCAUUUAUAUUUUGCGGUGAGAUUGGACUGUUGGACGUUACGUCACUUAUUUUAAGGUCAAUAAAAUGAAAAUGUUGGUGAUAUUGCACAACUCGUCACUUCUAGAUGAUGCCCAUAGGUUGCGACGGAAGACUAUUAUUAGUCAGUGAAAGCACAUGUGUGUAGAGUGUGUAGACAAGCCAAGGUUGGGCGGUCCAAACCGUCGUUAGUGACAUCUUUCCUCCAUCCAACGGUGACUGACUCCGGCUCAUGGUCGGAGCUGCGGUCUGAGCGUUCACAUCUCUGAUCUCCAAACCCUAAGCGGUCUCACGCGAUCGUAUGCAGCAAGGAACACGCGGACGUUGUCCCUUUGUCGGAUUGGUCCUUGUGAGGGAGCCACGCCAACUGUCUGAUUGGUCCUUUUGAGUGAGCCACGCCCCCUGUCUGAGUACUAAGAGAGUGUUUCUGGGUGAGGACGACAAACAUCGUCUACUGAGGAGCCCCUCCCCCAUUGUGACCUGGUACAUCCCUAUGGGUGAUCAUCCUCCCCCAUUGUGACCUGGUACAUCCCUAUGGGUGAUCAUCCUCCCCCAGCAUCCUGAUCUCACCUCAGGAGCCCCCCCUCUCUCCACCCCCACGCCCCGCGGCACCAUGGGAGACGUAGUGCAGAUGCACUUCUCCACGGUGGACUAUGUGAUCUUUGCCGUGCUGCUGGUGGCGUCUACGGGCAUCGGCCUCUUCCACGCAUUCUCUGGCGGCCGCCAGCGCACCACGCAGGAGUUCCUGCUGGCCGACCGCUCCAUGGGCUGCUUGCCCGUGUCUCUGUCCCUGCUGGCCACCUUCCAGUCGGCCGUGGCCAUCCUGGGCGUGCCGUCAGAGGUGUACGCCUUCGGGACGCAGUACUGGUUCCUGGGCUGCUCCUACUUCCUGGGGCUGCUCAUCCCUGCCCACGUGUUCAUCCCUGUGUUCUACAGGCUCCGCCUCUCCUCUGCCUACGAGUAUCUGGAGCUGCGCUUCAACAAGACUGUUCGCAUCUGUGGCACCAUCACCUUCAUCUUCCAGAUGGUCAUCUACAUGGGCGUGGUCUUGUAUGCCCCGGCCCUGGCUCUCAACGCAGUUACCGGCUUUGACCUGUGGGGGGCAGUGAUGGCCAUGGGCCUGGUGUGUACUCUGUACACCACACUGGGAGGUCUUAAGGCGGUGAUGUGGACGGAUGUGUUCCAGACUGUAGUGAUGUUUGCGGGACAGCUGGCCGUCAUCGUGGUGGGGGCUGGCCAGGCGGGGGGCAUGGCCGAGGUGUGGAGGAAGGCUGUGAACGGGAGCCGCAUCGCUGGCCUGGACCUGAACCCUGACCCCCUGGAGAGACACACCUUCUGGACCCUGGGGCUGGGCGGGGUGUUCCUCAUGCUGGCCCUGUACGGCGUGAACCAGGCGCAGGUCCAGAGAUACCUCAGCUCUCGCACCGAGAGCGCCGCCGUCCUGUCAUGCUACGUGGUUUUCCCCUGCCAGCAGCUGGUGUUGUGUCUGGGCUGUUUGAUGGGCCUGGUGAUGUUCGCUCGCUACGGAGAGGACAGCCCUCUGGACAAGGGCUACGUCAAGUCCAACGACCAGAUGGUGCUGUACUUUGUGAUGGACGUGUUGAGGGAUCUACCCGGCCUGCCAGGCCUGUUUGUGGCGUGUCUCUUCAGCGGAGCCCUCAGCACCAUCUCGUCAGCGUUUAACUCCCUGGCGACGGUAACCAUGGAGGACCUGAUCAAGCCCCACUUCCCGGCGAUGACGGAGGCCCGAGCCACGCUGCUGUCUAAGGGCCUGGCGCUGGGCUAUGGUCUGGUGUGUCUGGGCAUGGCCUACCUGGCCUCUCUCAUGGGCUCUGUACUGCAGGCAGCUCUCAGUAUCUUUGGCAUGGUGGGAGGUCCUCUGCUGGGUCUCUUCUGUCUGGGAAUGUUCUUCCCCUGGGCCAACCCCACAGGUGCAGUGGUGGGGUUGGUGGCAGGACUGGGCAUGGCCUUCUGGGUGGGCAUCGGUAGUUUUAUGUCCCGCAUGCCCCUCCCUCUGCCCCCCGGCAACGCCACCGCCCUCCCCGGCAACAUGACCACCGCUGUCAUGACAACCAUGAUCAGCACCAUCGCAACCAAACAAAGAGCCUCUGGUCUCCAGGCUCUCUACUCUCUGUCCUACAUGUGGUACAGCGCGCUGAACUCCACCACUGUGGUGCUGGUGGGGCUGCUGGUCAGCAUGCUCACCGGGCCCAUGCAGGAGCGUGACCUGACCCCCGGUACAGUGUUUCCUGUCCUGGGCACGCUGCUCUUCUUCCUGCCACAGCGCCACCGAGACAAGCUGUGCUGCGUCACCCCACUCCUGCACAAGGCCAGACCCCUGGACAGCCUGCCCUAUCAGAUGGCCCAGAAGGACAGCAAUGGGGUGGGGCUCACCAGGGAGGGGGAGAGGCUGGAGGAGGGGGAGGAGAAGAGAGGAGGCGUGGAGGACAAAAGAGGAGGAGAGGUGGAGGAGAGUGUUACCCCUAAGCCUUCCUCUCUGCUCGCUCACAUGGUGCAGGAGACAGCCUUGUGACCCAUGACCCCUCCCCACACACACUCUGCCCCACCCCACACAACCCCCCAGACCUCCACCCUCCCACACCCCAGAACCACCACCCAUGCUCCCCUGCAGCUCACCCUGCCCCAGGGAGAGAGCCCUCGGGGGGCAGCAGGGCCAGGCGAUGCCCCUGGAUGACUCCAGAGGUCCAGGGCGCUGAGAAAGGCAGGAACUAACCAACACGCUCCAGUAUUCAAUACACGCCAUCUUGAAUUCACUGAACCUCUCUGACACACGCACACACCUGAAGGUCACCUGUCGGUCACACCUGAAGGUCACCUGUCGGUCACACCUGAAGGUCACCUGUCGGUCACACCUGAAGGUCACCUGUCGGUCACACCUGAAGGUCACCUGUCGGUCAUGAACCUCCAGCAGAGGGGAGACCUGCAUCAGUCUGCAGGAGGGAGGACCUGAAGACGACACCACGCCGCCUCUCUCUGAGCCCAGAGGAGCAGCAACUCUGUCGCUAACCUGAGGCCUCCAGCUGAACCUGACAGGGCUCACAGCUGGAGACAGCCCUCAGGGUCCUGCACGUUCAGGACUGACCUGCUGGAACCUAAACACACAUCACUGUGAGUACGGACCCACUGCAGCACUUCACUGGAAGUAGCAGUAACUACCAUGUAACCAUAGUAACACCUGCAGUAACACUAACUACUUAGUAACUCCUGAGCAGUUACACUUAGCGGUACAAGUUAUACAUGACUGAAACUUGGUAUGGGGGAAGGGGAGCUGUCCUAGCCCCCCUCCCCCCCUCCCCCAUCCUGGGCCUUCUUACACAACAUGUGUUGUUACUGUAAGUCUGACUGUUGUUACAUGGUAGUUAAUGUAACCUCAGUGUAAGUGUUGCAGGACCCACUAACAGAAUCAGGAUCAAAUACAUAGUACUUCUUCAUACUUGACUAGUUAUAAAGUAAUAUAGUAUUAUUCUCUUAUUUUUGUAGAGACGAAGUAGAUGAUGAUUCUAUGAACGAUAUGAAAAUAUAUAAAUAUGUAUAACAAACACGUUGAAACGUCACACUAGAUGCUUGACCGAAGGCACAUUAAUAACAGAUGUAAUAAUGUUAUGAUUUGAAUCUUACAACUCUUCUAGUUAGUCUGCUCCUCGUGGCCUUCGUUCUGAUGUUGGUUCACAUGUUCGCCUCCAAGCUGCUGUAGUAAGUACUAGGAGACUUGUACAGACGUUGAUUCUGUAAUGUAGAAGCACAAGAAAUCACAAGAGAUCACCUGGAGCCCAACUACUGAAGCCCCCACAUAGGGCUGGACCACUAUCAGGCCAGAUCUCUCUGUCCAUGUUUGACCUUGUCUGACGGUGUAGAGGCAGUACAGGGACAGCUGAUGGUUCAGGAGUUCAGGCCUGAACUCCUUGCAGCAUCCAUCUCUCCUCACGCUCUCUACACACAUCUUGAUGUUUCGAGGAGACGCUUUUCCAAUGAUUUAAAAAUGGGGAAAAUACACAAUGUUUUGUAAGAUGUUUAAAAAGUGCCCAUUUUAAUCUGCUAUUGUCAAUGUUGUAGAAGUUGAAGUGUUUAAUUUAGGUUAACACCAAUGUAGUUGUUUUAUGAAGUGCAUACAUGUUUUAAUGAGUUUGUCUGUCGUGAAGUGAGUGAAUCUUGUUAGCUGUUGUCCGGUUUGGUUCAGGGUCAUGUGUUUUCAUGUUUUGGAAUCUCGAGAAUUCUAGAAUGAGCGGACACCAUUCUGUUCCAUCGUGGGACAUUCUACUCACUAGUCUCUGAGGAGUUCAAGUCUGUUUUGAACUUGAGGCCUGUGUUUUUCAAUUCCAGAUUAAUCUUAAACCUGGACUGAAAAUAAUCUGGAAUUAGGAGAGGCUUUUAGUCAAGGAUAUCGGGUUUAAUCUGGUCUGAGAAACUGGUCCCAUGCUGAUAUCUGCUGUCCUCUUCCUUUCAUGUUGUUGUCAUGGUGGUGGACCAGUGUUGUUGCUUCCACAGGGACAUGUCUGGUGUGCCUGUUCUACCAUCCCUGUCUGAGAGGAGCUCCGCUCAGACAGGCCAGUUCAUGUGUGUUUUGUGUUUAUGGUUUGGGGCAGUUUAAGUGUUUUGAUAUCGUAAACUAUCUAAGUCUUAACUGACCUGUCAGCUUUCUACUGGUUUUCCAAAGAAUAAUCUUGACCUGAGUUUAAGUUCUCCGGUAACAUUUCCUACCUGCCUUAUGCUGUAUUGACCUUAUGAGGAAACGGAAGAGACACGCACAGCCUACACCAGUAGCCGCUUGUUAGUGAAGCAAAAAAAGUGAUCGUCCAGAAGGCAAAACUACCAGGCAGUCAAAUGAUUAAAACCCCCGGAUGUUUCACACAGACACCAUGAUGUGAUCAUUCAUCCUCACAAAAAAUACCUAAUUGUUGUCCAAAGCAUAUAGAACGUUAACUCGUUUUGUGUUGAUGCUAGCUGUGUUUCUACCUGAAGAGGAUAUAGGCCAUAGGUUUCAUCCUUAAUAUUGUCAUACUGAAGUUUCAUUUCCGAAUGAGACUGCUGUGAAAUAUUUCUAUAUGCAAGGACCAUAAAAUGUUAUUUGUGAAUAGACGGCAGAAUUGGUAAUACUUAGACGGUUAUUUGGGUGGCGCCUUCUCAGUUUCCUAGCCAUCUGGGGUUCAGUAGUGGCGUCAACCAAGCUAGCAUCUUCGCCCUGCUUUAUGGCCUGUGCCAUAUUCUUGCCGAGACAAUCCACUAACGAACAACAUUUUUAUGGUCCCUAGAGGUUAUUUUUCGACUCCUUUUUAGUGACAUCUUGUGCCAGAUACCUUGAUAUUUUCUUAUGUAGAGUAUAAGCACUGAACUGUUUCCAUGUUCCUUCUUCAUACCUGAAAUUACUUGAAGUGUGAAUCUGUGCUUUAAUCCUUUAUAUUUUAGAGACCAUCUCUUUCUUAAACAACCCAAGUGCUUAUUAGUUAUUGAAGAUUAAAAUGUUUAAAAAACUCUAUAAGCACAUUUAGAACCACACUGUUUGCUGGCCUAGUCGGAGAUUAGACAUGUAGGUCUGGCGAAGACAACUGACACUUGAUCAGUGGCGGUUCUAGACACAUUUUGCAAGGGGGGGGGGGGGGCAGUGUUUAUUCAGAGGGGCACAUUAAAAGACGGAAACAAAUUAUAUUUAAACAGUAAAUACUUUAAUUUUGCCUUACAUUAAAAUCAUACUAACGGCUCUGGCUCUCCCUCUUUCAGCUCUCUCAAUACCUUGAUAUGUUUCUCUCACUUUUUUAUUUACUGGGGCAAAAAAGCCUGCAAUGUCCCUUCCUUGUUUCAUGAUGACUACUAGAAGAAGAAAAACAACGUAAAAUUAAAAUUCAUUUUAUUAUUCAGUCAGCACAGGGGGGGACAGGGACAUUUUUACAGGGGCACUGGCCCCUGUAGGCCCCCGUGUAGAACCGCCACUGCACUUGAUGAAUAAAGGCUGUGAUUGUGGCCAGGUGAAUUGUGAAUAGCUUGUGUAGUGACUAUAGGCCAACUCAUACAUUCACCAGUUGUGCAGUUGAGAUGAAGUGAAUCUACUGGAAACUCGCUGACUUCACCGUCAUCAAGGCAGAACUGUAAACCCUAACCUAACCCGGUAAACCGCUGAUAUAGAACGAGGCCAAACUAGACCAGAGAGCGUGAGGAAACAUACCACAGUAAUUUCAAAAACGAUAAUAAAUAUUAUCCCUGUUGAUAUUUAUUAUCAUGUCCGUUGAUCUGACGUCUUGUCUAUCUUCUUCGUUCGUCAGAAUUCUUUCUCGUCAUUUGCAUUCCAAAACAAACCUUGAGCAGUGGUGCGGCCGGCUGCUCAAGUUGUGCCUUCAUAAUAUCUGUUGUGAUUAUAUUUUUUAUACUGUUGGAUGUGGUAAACAGUGAGCAGAGGUGACGGUAUAUUUGAGAGAACACCACAGUGGUUUUACUUUGACUGAAGCAGAUUCACGGAUACAGAUGAUGUUAGUCUUGAUCACGACACCAAAGCUUUACAACACCUCACAUUAAGAUUACACCACCUACCAUGGAAGUGCUUACCAGAACUUCCCCUGUUAGACCACCCUCCUCUCCCCCAUAGCAAGUUUCACUUGUGUAAUAACUUGUAGGCCUGCCACUAAACCACAAUGAUGUGUAACUACAUAGCGGUUCCUGUGCAUCUACAAUGUUACUAUAGGUGCUGCUAUGUGGGUACAUGGUAGUUAAUGUAAGAUUCAUGUAAAGUGUUGAUGAGGAUUUUCCAAAUGACCUGUAAUGCCUUGCUGGUGGGACCUGCUGUGUGGUAGUUGGGGUCAUCUGUUGGGCAACUCUCAUUAAAUGUCCUCUGUUUUAUAACUGGAUUAAUUAUUGUGAAAAGACUAUUGUUGUCUUAAAAAAUAAAGUCGUUUUUGAUUGCCA